AUCAGCUCCAACCCAGAGGCUGGCAGGCAUCAGCUCAGGAGCAAGUUCACAACAACUAGGCGCAGUUCAUUCAUUUUUACAGCAGCAGGCAUGCUUCAUGGAGCCACAGACACUCCUCCCACCGCCUGGACUAGGACUUGUUCCACUUUCCUCGGUCUGUUUCUGAACUUUUCCCCGCCACACCACCAUGGACCAGCUAUGGACCCGCUAUGGACGGACCCCGGCGCUCCGGUACGGCAUGCAAAUACGUCCUCUGACGUCGGCGGUCAUGUGGCUUUUGGCGUAGAUCCUCCUUGUGAUCGCCAGUUUGUUCUUUCCUGUCGGCUGUAGUCUGCUCGGUUAUUGGACGGCUGUGAGAGUGUUUGAAGCAGAUCUGUGUUAUUUCAGCCUCUUCUGGAUUGUACCGCACUACCUGAGCAGCAUCGCGCCUAAACGGUGGGCAGGUAGCUUUAUGUCAUGCAGCUCCAGGAGGUCGUACAUCACUGGAGCUGACACUGUCAGCGAGCCCGGCCUACACCACGCUACAGCAGUCCAAUAUCUCCCAGACCUUCACCUUCCACUGCCCCCGACUCUCUCCAGCCUUUAAUCUUACCCCGGGGGACGACUGAUCCUAAAACUCCUUGGCUGCUCACUCUCAUCCCAGAAACAGUCUUAUGCUCGCUCCCUCUGCGAACACAACCAAGGUCUGUGUCUGUAACCCAGUACGAGCCAGUCCACCUGGCUGUCCCUCUGCACCUUUAGCGGUCCAUCCACACACAAGUCUGUGACAGCCGCCCGGCGUCCUGGGCACCAUCGGCCUCCUGCAGCACAGCUGGCCAAGCACAGGCACCGAGUGAGGGCAGCUGUCCACACACACAAACGGAGGAUCUACAGUCAUCAUGUCCAGCAGAAGGAAGGCCUCCACUCCCUGCAUGAUCCGCCCAGAGCAGACCAUGGUGGAGCUGGAUGAUGAGGAAGAGGAGUCACAUGACAUGCAGCCGACAACGGAGAACCACACAGAAGAGGAGCCGAUGGAAACAUCGUCAGAAGCAGAGCCGGCAGUGGAGUUAGACCCAACGGGCAAAGCCUCAGCCCCCCCCACCGCUCCAGACAAACCAGCAGCUGAGCCUCCAGACCUCUCAAAGCCUCAGCGCAGGCAGCAGGGGGGGUACGAGUGUAAAUACUGCCCGUUCUCCACCCAGAACCUCAACACUUUCAAAGAACAUGUUGACUCCAACCACCCCAACGUCAUCCUCAACCCUCUGUACCUGUGUGCAGUCUGUAACUUUAACACAAAGAAGUUUGACACCCUGACAGAACACAACGAGAGGUGUCACCCAGGGGAGAGCAACUUCAAAUUCAAACGGAUCAAACUGAACAAUCAGACAAUCUUAGAGCAGACGAUAGAGGGCUGCAGCAACGCAGUCAUUUACAACACAUCCGGCAAAGGGGAUGAACUCGGCGCUCUGCCACUCAGCAAACCCACCACAGUCAAGAUCGGGAAACCAAAAAUAAUGUCCUCUGAUAACAAACGGACAGAGUCUCAGCUGAGUAAACUGACUCCAGAUCUGUCCAAGAAACCAAUCACAGCUGUCAACGUGAACGGGACGGUCAUCAUCCCGGAAACAACUCUACUCAAAGCAGACGGCCUUUCUCACAUCAUGCCUUCCCUACAGCGGCCUCUGAACUACACCCAGGUGCCGAAGAUCGCAGUGCCCCUCAACACAACCAAAUACAACCCCUCGCUGGACGACAACCUGACGCUCAUCUCCUCCUUUAACAAGUUCCCCUACCCGACGCAGGCCGAGCUCUCCUGGCUCACCGCGGCCUCUAAACAUCCAGAGGAGCAAAUCAAAGUCUGGUUCACCACACAGAGGCUCAAACAGGGCAUUAGCUGGUCUCCUGAGGAGGUGGAAGAAGCCAGGAAGAAAAUGUUCAACGGCACAAUCUCUUCUGUGCCUCAGACCUUCACUGUGGUCGCUCCUCAGCUCAACUCCCAAUCUUCUGCUUCCAAACCCUUACAGCACGCCGCCUCUGUCCUGCAGUCUCUCCCCUGUCAGCUCCUGGGACAGACCAGCCUGGUGCUGACUCCUGUAGCCAACGGGUCCACGGUCACGUGUGCUCCGCUGGCACUCACUGUCGCAAACCAGGUUGCACAGUCACUCAAACGCCCGCUGGCCUCCCCUGUGAUCACCUCAGAGAGUAAAAGACCCUCCAUCAUUCAGACCAUCUCAGCGCCCAUGGCAGCAUCCAAACUGGCGUCACAUAAAGUUCUCAGUUUCACCGUCGACCACAACAAAACAUCUGAGCAGCUCUCUGUAUUGAGGUCCAGCUACACACAGUGUCCUUUCCCCGAGGAAGAUGAGAUCUACAGGCUGAUAGAGACCACCGGGCUGUCCAGAGGAGAGAUAAAGAAGUGGUUCAGUGAACAGAGACUCCUUAAUCUCAAAGGUGUUCCUCCUCCUCCAGUGCUGGUGAAAGCCGAGGUGACACCAGCACCCAGAGAGGCUCCUGUGAGGAAAACAGUGCCCAGCCACUUCCCUCUGCUGGAGAGGGUAAAGGGCAAAUCAUCAGAGCAGCUGAAGGCGCUAGAGGAGAGCUUCCAGAGGAGCAGCUCCCCAACGGAGGCAGAUCUAGACCAGCUGGCCCAGGAGACCCGGCUGUCCAAGACGGAGGUGGACUGCUGGUUUCUAGAGCGGCGGGCGCUGAGGGACAACAUGGAGAAGGCUUUACUCACCAUGGCUUCAAAGACCACUGAGGACAGAGCGGAGCGACCGGGGGUGCUGCUGAACGGAUCCUCUCAUCGGGAGCAGGAAGGGAAACCUCUGCGCACCUCUCCUAAUCCCCCUCUCCUCUCUUCUUCCUCCUCCUUAUCCUCCCCUCCUGUCCUAGCAGCCUCCUCCCCUCAUCCUCCAACCCUCUCCUCCUCAGCUUCACCUCCCAUCCUCACUUCAUCCUCUUCCUCUUCUCCUCAUCCUCCCAUCCUGUCAGCCUCCACCAGCCCGGCUCCCAUCAGCAGCCGCUCCCUGGCCCUGCUCAGAGAGAUGUUCUGUCAGACUCAGUGGCCGUCACCUGAGGAAUACAGCCAGCUGGAGGUCCAAACCAGCCUGGGACGCACUGACAUUGUCCGCUGGUUCAAGGACCACCGCUCGGCUUUGAAAAACGGUGAAACUCUGGACUGGAUGGAAAGUUUCCAAAAUCAGAACCUCGCAGAGCCGCAGAAAAUCAGCCAGGAACAGAACGGCCAGAGCUCCGAGAAAAAGCAGACUGUUUCCUUGGAAGUCAAGGCUGUGAAAAUGGAGGAGGCUGCCGAAAACACAGAAGCUCCAACAGAGUGCUCCAAGCUGCCCGACCAAGACAAAGUCCAGUGGCUGACUGAGAAGUUAACCCACAGUGUAACGGAUCUGAGCCGGGCCGGACCUGACCAGAACAGCUCUACUGCUGCUGAUAAAGGAAGGUGGGUGAAGGUGACUGUGGCAGUGGGAGAGGAGAGUGACGAAGGAGUGGAAAAACAGAAACUGGCAUCAGACACUGAUGUUUUGAGCUUGGAGCAGCCUGGGAGGGUCACUGGUUGAUGGUCGAGUAAAUCCUGAAGUGCUGAGUCACUUUACAUCGAAUCCCAACUCCAGAUGACCAAAAGUGAAAUCAGUGUUAAAACUGUCUGCCUGUGAUGUCAUCACAAAGCGCCGGGGACUGUGGAGUUGCACAGUUGAGGCACUGAUUUGUGGUGCAGAUGCUGACAUCAAGAGGAGUGCCAAAGCUGGACUUGACUACUGCUACACCUUUGUUUGUUUUUUUAGAAAGAAGCACCCUUGUAAAUAUUUUUCUGUAUUACAAAAAAAAGGUUUGUACAGUUUUACUGGGAGGGCGAGUUUUGUUACAUUUUUAAAGAAAAAGUCUGAACAGUGCCCCUGAACUUGGAAUGUUUUCUGUUGUUUUAAGAUCAAAGUGUAAGAUAGUUUGUUAUUUGCUGAAAAUCAGUCCUAUUUUUGGAAAAACAUAAUACGCAGUACUCUGUAUGAGUAGUGUUUGAUGGCACUUGCAUAUAUUUCCAUGGUAGUGAUAGAUAUUUACACGCUUGGUCACUUCAUCUCAUCCCGUUAGGAAACAGUGACUCUUUGUCUCUCCUGCAGCGGCACUUUGACUCACCACAUCAAAUCACUCUGAGGGAGGAGAUCACUUUAACGUGCUGGAGAGAAGGCGCAGAGUGACAGUGUUUGGGUGGAUUUGAACACAGCCUCAACGUCACUAUUCAGAGGUUAGAGUGUGAACACAAACAGCCACAGAGACAGACCGAGACGAAGGAGUCAAUGAAUGCACUACAUGUCCUGACUUUCAGUAUGUUUUCCAAUCAGCAGGGUUUUGAUCAGCCCCCCGGCUCAAACAGGUCAGAAUGUUUUGAAUGCUGUAGAAAGGAAGGAUCACAUAAAGAGGAGAGUGAAGUGUCGCUUUGAUCGCACCAUGCUGCCUUUUCAGCUCUCUAUCUGUCCGUCUCAGAACUGACUCAGACUCACCAUGAAGGUUUCUCAGAUUAUCUCUAACUUUGUUUUUCAGUCUUUAAGAUAUUCUUGACUGAGCUUUGCCGAGAACAUUGCGGACAAAGUAUCUCACGCAUGAUAAAUAAGUGAACUCCUUUUGUUUCGGCCGUUUCACAUUUUGCUCAGCUGUGAUCUGUGAACACACCUCUCGUCUUCUCGGCUCACUGACAUAAGGAAGUCCUCUCAGUCAAAGCUGGAUUCACUUUCCUUGAUUUCGGUGCAGUCAGUUCAGAACACCUGAAAUGACUCAUGAGUCUUGCAGCUGCAGAGAAACAUGAUCCACUCUCUGCUGGCUUCCUAAAAACAGCUAAAAGCAUUUGGAGUAUAGUGAAAUGCUUGCAUGUGCUUCAACAGUUUCAUUUUCAAUGACUCAUUUCCAAAACUGAUUCAAAAGGGAAAUCUGUGUUUUUCUGGUUCAAACUGCAAGAGCUUGCAAUAUUUCAGCAAGCCAUGUUAAGUUGAGUUGAGCUGUCAGUGAAUACUGUUUUCAGCAGCAGGUGUACUGCUGUCUGCUGGCUGAAUGUUGCUGCUGCUGCUUUAGUUUCAUGUUCAGACAAGUAUCUGGGAUACUGUACACUCUGUCGGCUAGUUUGAAAACUGCUUGCAUUUUCAUUUUCUACUUUAAGUCUGCUGUAACUCAAUAAAUACACAACCAACUGUAAAACA